AUGAACGCCGCUCAGACGGGUGUCGAGAAUCUCGACAUCGAAAAACUCAAUGACAAGGACAAGGCCGAAUUGCGACAGUUCCUGGCCAACGAGCAACAGCGCUCGCAAAUACAGUCCCAAACACACAGCCUGACACAAAUUUGUUGGAAGAAAUGUGUCACCGGUAACAUUAAGAACGCCAAACUUGAUCGAACAGAGGAAGGAUGCCUGGCAAACUGCGUCGAUCGAUUCCUCGACAUGAACUUCCUCACCAUGAAGCACCUGAACAACAUGCGGUCAUCCUAA